AGUGAAUUCCAGUUGCAAACAAAGAUGUUUAUUCAUGGAAAAUGUGAGAAAAGGCUAAUUGAAUGGAAUAGAGCUUCUAUCUCAAUGUAGGAGAGUGGGAUCGGAUUACUCGAAGAGGAUGACAAUAACAAUUCCAAUUUUCAUUAUUUCUAAAUGUCAGUGAGUUCAUGCACAAAGUUGAUGCAUGGCUUUUCCUCCUAGUCUUGCCAAAGCAGAAAUAACCUUUAAAGUUGUCAAACAUAAACUCAGCACUUUAAAGAUAUAAUUAUUAAUAGGCUGAACACCAAAACCCCCAUGUAGGUCAGCAAUCUCCAGACUAUCAUUAUUGAUCUAAAAAUAGGCAGGGCUAGGCAAAGAUCCAUCCAGUUAGCCUCGUUCCGCACAGAGCAAACACUGAGUGGAAACUCUCACUUGUUUACUUCAACUCUUCAGAAAGCCAUGAAAACCUCAACAUCAAAAGUUAUAGUUAUCGCCAGGUUACUUGGUACUCUGGGGGUUAUUUUUUCUCUGUUGACUUUCUGCACCAAUUGCUGGUUGCUUGCUACCGAGACUUGUACUCAGUCAGAAAAUAUCACAGGAGUGGAUUUCAAACAGAGAGUUCAAAUUGCGCUCAAACAGAAUCCAACUCCAAUACUAAAACAAGUCAGUGAUGUGCCGCAUAAUCGAAGUGAGCAUGAUGGACCACCUAAAGGACACAUUCAAAGACGGAGCAUUGCUGAAACUAUGAAAAAAAUCAAACAUUUUCCUGGAUCCUACAACUUAUUCAACAAAGUAUCUGGGAAGACGUUUCACUAUGAAGGUUUCUUCUGGAGUUGUACAAUGGAUGUGCGGCAUGUUGAGGACAGUUUUUCAACAUACGUGUUUUUUGAACAAGCUCCUUCAAAAAGCUGUAUUGAAGCUUACCAUCUCCCAUUUCCAACAAGACUGAACCUCAACAGCUCAGCUUAUGAUUCUGCUGCUGGUUUCCGUCAUUCAUGGAGUGUGCUGAUUGUGUUUUCUGUAUUCAGUAUUGGAAUUGGAUUUGGACUCAUUGUUUAUGAAGCUUUCAAAGGGCGUGAUACCUUAUACCUUCUAGGCGGCGGGUUUUUUGUUUUGGCUGGUAUUUUGUCCACGUUUUCCAUUAUUAUGUACAGCUUUUGGAUUCAAGCUCUCGUUGCUGUGGUGGACCAGAUCGCUGAGCCACCUAAAUCAUGCCCACAUCCAAAUCUUAAAGUUCAAUUUGGUUGGUCUUUCAUGGCAGCUCCAGUAGGGAUAGUCUUUUCUUUACUUGCAGGUUUACUUUUCAUUCAUUUUGGGUGUGUUGCUCAAAAUAAAAAGAAGAACAUAGGGUAUUCUUUGCCACUUGAUAAAAUUGGUAAUGAGGAUCUCUGAUUGUUUCAAUCACACCUCAUAUUUUCAAGCUGUGAUUUCUCCUUCCCUGAAUAUUCUUCACAUUUCUCCAGUGGUAAUGUUGGGUCAUCUGCCACCCUUCUGUUAUUCAGCACCAAUGUAAUUCUUUAUGUUUGAGUUUAGAUAUAGAAUGAUAAUGGGCUGUGCUCCUGUGCUCACCUGACAUCUGCACAAAUGUCAUUUUGCACAGUGAAUACUGGACAGCAACCAGAUGUGCCAACCUUGACUCUUUUCCCCUGCACUGAUCCAGAAGCACCAAGGUAAACCAUAAUGUUUUUACAGACAUCAUUUUAUUCAAUGUUGACUGUCAUCUUAUUUGGUAUGUUUCAGUCUUGUGCAUUUCUCCAUUUGAGUCACGGGGGCUAGCUUUCCCACUAAAUAUUAACUCCUUAAACAAUGAAAAUGAGAUUUAAUAUAACAUAUAAUCAAUAUUUUAUUUAAUUAAUUGAAGAAAGAAUAUCAACACUUUGUGGUCUCCAUUUUCAAUUGUGCACUCUCAGUAGACAAGGUCAUGUAGCAGAAAGGCAAGAACAGAAAAUGCACUUCAUACUCUUCAGUAACACAGCUUUAAUACGUCUCUGAUAUCAGUCACUUGAUUAUCCUGUACAAUUCAUAAUUGUAUUUCAGAAACAGAAGUGAAUUUGUUCAAGAUUGUAAUGUAACCCUGAAAUACUGAUAAUGUUUCAUAAACUAGUGUAAGCUUGCUUUUGUAAAUGUAAAGAUAAGUUCACUAAUUCUGUCAUCCAAAUGGGAAGCCUCAUUUUAAAGGAGGUGAGAUUCUGCUCAGGAGUACUGUAGCCUUAUGUCCAACCACAUUUUGUUUCUCAAUGCCUCUCCAAUAAGAGUGUGGGCAAUAUCAUAAAAGGUAAUCUUGACCACUUGCAUGCUAAAUGGGUCUGAAGAAUAGUUUGAAAUUUCUACUUUUUAACAAGUUAUGAAUCCAUAUAUUUCAGUUAGUACAUCCAUGUAGAGUCACAGAGUCAUAGAGAUGUACAGUACGGAAACAGAACUGUUGGCCCAACCUGUCCAGGCCAACCAGAUAUUCUAAAUUAAUCUAGUCCCAUUUGCCAACACUUGGCUCAUAUCUCUCUAAACCAUUCUUAUUCAUAUAUCCAUUCAGAUGCCUUUCAAAUGUUGUAAUUGUGCCAACCUUCACCACCUUCCCUUGCAGUUCAUCCACUGCAUGAAAAAUUUGCUCCUUAAGUCCCUUUUAAAUCUUUCCUCUCUCACCGUAAACCUAGGCCCUUUAGUUUUAGACCCUCCUACCCUGGGGAAAAGA